ACGGAACUAUGUUAUAGACUAUAGUUAAGUUAUACAUAAAUAGUAUAGUGGUAGUGUACUGAUAGUUAAACAAACAGACAAAAUGGGUUGCAACACAAGUUCUGACGCUAAGUCGAAUAAAGAAGAGAAGGACUCACAGGAAAAUCAGGCGAAUGCGGUCACAGAGGAAAAGCAAAAAGAAUCAGCCGAUAAGAGUGGUCCCUCCGAGGAAGAAGCCGCCACUAAGAUACAGGCGGUUUUCCGUGGUCACAAAACAAGAAAAUCCGUCAACAUGAAGGCAGCUGAGAAACCGGCUGAGAACCAGCAGGAGCCGACCAAGGCGGAGCUAGAGGCGGAGUUCCGCGCUGAUGAUAAAGAUUUGUGCAAUGCUGCAACCAAAAUACAAGCGUCCUUCCGCGGGCACCAGGCACGCAAGCAAACCCAGGUCGAAAAGACUAAGGAGCAGCAGGACAAGGAGGACGUAGAAAACAUCGACCUUACUGACCCGGAGCUGAACAAAGCCGCCACCAAGAUCCAGGCAUCUUUCCGCGGCCACAAAGUGCGCAAGGACACAACCAACUAAUUUAACUACCCCCAAACUUGUCUUUUGUACGUAAUACUGAAGAUUAGGAAGAUUUGAAUGUUUAUCUUUGUUUAGUUUUCUUGUUUUUGGUGUAUGUAGAGCGUUUAAAUGCUCUUUUGAAUUUGGUCGAAACAGGACAGUAUUAUCUUCAUUUUAUGUUUAUUUUCACAUACCUAUAAGUAUGGUAUUUUUGUCAGGAUUAUAAUAUUAAAAGCAUUCAAUUGUGCUACCUUCUUUAUUUUAAUUGUUAUCAUUAUUUCGUCAUUGGAUGUUUUUUUUUGUUAUUGAUUUAUUAAUUUUGUUCCAAUUGUUAAACUUAACUUGAAACAAUUUAUUUAAAGUCCUAUUGUUUAUUUCUGAUUUAGUACUGUACGGUGAAUGUAAUAUUCAUAUUAUAGUCACUCAUAUAUCUAUGGUUUGGCUUAAACUACAGGGUAUAAAUAGCAGUCCUCUUUGUCAGAGGUUUAACUUACUCAAUAUUCAGGUAAAUAUAAUAAGCCGCACAUAACUGGCUCAAUAAAAUAUGGAGGGGAUUACUGUAUACUGCACUUGGUACUAUCGCACGCCUCCUUCUUUCAGUGGUUGACGCGUGAGCGUAGAACCGAUGGGUCCUGGGUUCGAAUCCUAGAGGAAACGAAGAAAAAAAAAUGUCUCGGUCUGGCAGGACACAGAAGGAUCGCCUACUUGUCCAUAAAGAAAAACGAUUAGUGAAACAGAUGUAUGCGUAAUGCAUCUGCCCCUUUCCCCACUAGGGGACACGGGACUUUAUUACUUUCGCACCCCGCAUACAAUUGUUACUUAAGUACCUUAAUAUGAAUAUGUACUACAUUUUCAACAGAAUAGGCAUCUGAAUAUUGGUCUAGGUUUCCAAUAAACGAGACAGGAGUGACUGGCAGUUUUAUAUUAAUACAAGUUAGGUUUGAAAUGUUCUGUUGAAAAUGGUAGAGGAGAAAUAAAAUUGUAACAGUUAUUUUAAAUUUAAUCUUAUUUUCAGUAAGUUUUGUUUUUAAAAUGAGUUCUUAUGCUUCUGUUUUGAUGUAUACUUUUUUAUAUAACGAAAUAAUUCGAGAUUGAGAGAUCAUAUUAUGAUUUUUGAUAAAAUCGAUAAACUGUACAUUAAUACGUACAAAAGGCAAGUAAUUUUAACCAGUAUAUUUAAUGACACGUCAAUUCACUAUUAAACAAUGUAUAUUAUAAAUAAUAUAGUGUAUAACUUCUACAUUUAGUCUAUCCUUUUCCAUAAACUAGAAUAACUUAUCGUGUUGUCUCGUUCUUUCUUACGGCAAAUCAUACAUGAAUAAAAGAGACAAAACAUGAAACAGAUAAAAAAUAUUCAUCAAAGACAACACAAAAUAAUAUGUGAAUUGACGUAUUACUUCUUAUACUAUGUAGAAAAAAAAACAUUAUUAAUAAUAUUGUAAAGCAUAAUAAAUCUAUCCCAUUUUUCUAUAUCUAUAUUCUGGACAUUAAUUCCUGUAAAUCAAUUCAAAUUUUUUAACAUUCCAAUAAUUAUUAAUAUUUGUUGAUAUUUUAAUAUUAUUGCAUUGUUAACGUUUUAUUUAUUAAAUAGUUGUUAAGAUUAAGUCUAGUCUAGGAAGCUUAUAAUUGUUUAAAUUCUUAUAUAAUAUUGUUUGCAGAAUAUUUUCGAGAUAUUAAUUAAUAUAAUAAUUAUUUUAAUUCAAUAAUCUGUUGCCAUAACCGCCACGCAUUAUAUUUCUGUAAAUUGCCGAAUAAUAAUGGUUUAUUAAAUUAAAUAUUUAAUAUUCGCCAAUA